UUCCUCUUCCUUCUUCCUCAAGCUUUCACCUAUGAUACUCCUCCCAUAAACCCGUGCUAUGCACAUGCUCCUUUUCUUCCUCCUAUCGCAAACCCUAGGCUCUUAAAAGCUUAUGCAGCUCUUCAAGCUUGGAAGUUCACCAUAACUUCUGACCCAAACGGCUUCACUUCUAACUGGUGUGGUCCUCAUGUUUGUAACUACACAGGCGUGUAUUGUGCACCGGCUUUAGAUAACCCUUAUGUCUUAACCGUCGCUGGUAUAGACUUAAACCAUGCCAAUAUCGCCGGGUAUCUCCCUAUAGAGCUCGGUCUCUUAACCGAUCUUGCCUUGUUCCAUAUCAACUCCAACCGUUUUCAAGGUCAACUUCCCAAAACUCUAAAAUGUCUCGAGCUUCUCCAUGAGCUUGACGUCAGCAACAAUAAACUCUCCGGCGAGUUUCCUUCAGUAAUCUUCUCUUUGCCUUCCUUGAAGUUUCUCGACAUUAGGUUCAAUGAGUUCCAAGGAGAUGUUCCUGACCAACUCUUUGACCUAAACCUUGACGCUCUCUUCAUUAACGACAACAAGUUCCAGUUUAGGUUACCGAAAAACAUUGGAAACUCUCCGGUUUCGGUUCUUGUCUUGGCCAACAUCGAUCUCCAAGGAUCUUGUGUACCUCCGAGUUUCUACAAAAUGGGGAAAACAUUGCACGAACUCAUUAUCUCCAACUCACAGAUAACCGGUUGUUUAAACCGGGAAAUCGGUAUGUUAAACCAGUUGACGGUUUUUGACGUGAGUUACAACAACUUGGUGGGUUCGUUACCGGAGACUAUAGGUGAUAUGAAGAGUUUGGAGCAGUUAAACAUCGCGCAUAACAAAUUUUCCGGCUACAUUCCGGAGAGUAUCUGCCGAUUACCAAGCCUCGAGAACUUCACUUACUCGUAUAACUUCUUCUCCGGUGAGCCACCGGCUUGUCUGAGGCUUCAAGAGUUUGAUGAUCGUAGAAAUUGUUUACCUUCAAGGCCAAUGCAACGGUCUCUCGCUGAAUGUAAAUCUUUUUCUUCUUAUCCUAUUGAUUGUGCAUCCUUCGGCUGCUCUCCACCUAGUCCACCGCCACCACCGCCUCCACCUCCUCCUCCACCACCUCCUCCACCACCUCCUCCACCUCCACCUCCACCUCCACCACCAUCACCGCCGCCACCAUAUGUGUAUCCUCCGCCGCCCCCACCACCACCGUCACCACCACCUCCUUGUAACGAUCUUCCAACGCCGGUGCAUUACUAAGGCUCCUUUUGACCGAGUGGUGGAAUGCAAUAGUUGAAACUGCCAUCUGUUUAGUUAUUGUGUUCUACGUUAUGUAACGCUAGUGUUCAUUUAAUUGUUCUUUAUUUUCUUUAAAUUUCUUUAUCAAAAAGUUGAAUGAGCUUUAAUUGUUUGUCUAAUAAAAAAAUUAGACAAAUGAAGAUUGAAGGGAGAUAUGUGUAAUUUGCUUUGGCGAGAAGACAAGUUUAUUGCAUAGUACGUGUACUUAAUAAGAUAUGAUCACGAGUCGCAUC